AUGUCAUACUUUGUGUCUAAAACUCAUUCCUUCACGCUAAUUGUCUCGCUAUUAGCUUCCUCCUCUCCGUAUCUUAUACCUCUGACGCGGACCCAGUAUACUUUGACACAUUCUUGGAUCAUAUGUAUCAUGCGAAGCACAGAAUAUGCUUAUAAAGACAUCAUGUGCGACGUCCGGCUCGCUACAACCACAGGCACACCUAUCAGUAUAAAAAAGCGAGAGGCUCCUUCACAUCUCCGUAUCAGUGAUAAAGGUUCUGUGAGCGGUAAAUCGUCCAGGAAUCUUCCCAUGAUGCCAUUAGAGCCCGCGCUGAUAACAGAACUCGGUUUUUAUCUGCCCGCGUACGUCAUGCAAACUCCCCCAGCAGACUCCCCAAAAAAACUCCCCAGCACACUCCCCAACAAACUCCCCCAGCAGACUCCCCAAAAAAACUCCCCAGCAGACUCCCCCAGCAGACUCCCCAAAAAAACUCCCCAGCAGACUCCCCCAACAAACUCCCCAGCAGACUCCCCCAAAAAAACUCCCCAGCAGACUCCCCCAACAAACUCCCCAGCAGACUCCCCAAAAAAAACUCCCCAGCAAACUCCCCAGCAGCAGCAGUAG